UGCGCCAGUUUCCCGACAGCCGACAGCUCGGUCGUUACGAGAGGCCAUAUUGUCGUCGAGGCGCCUCCUUUUCACCCCAUUUUCCCGUGCUUUUCCCGUGCUUUUCGGGCUGUCAGUGGCGUGACUGCUCGGCGGUCGUUGCUCGCGCCCCGGGGACCGCUGUAAGGGCGGAGCCAGCGCGUUGGAGCCGUCGGAGGACCGACACAGUCGAGUCGCAGACGGCCCGUGUUCAAGGCCUAUGCGAUGACGCAUCCUCCAUCCGGGGCUCGCUCCCGGACUGUCAACACCUUUCCUUCCAUCAGCUUAUGGCCGUUUCUUCUCCUCGGCCUGCAGGCCCUUUUAGCUUUCCAGGCUAACGUUGUGUCCGCUGAACACACAUGUGUUUGGCGUGGUGUCUGUAAUGAAGAUGAAGAGAAACCUCAGUAUUGCCCUUACAAUGGCACUGCCCAAGAGCUCUAUCAAGAAGGGGUUGUGCUACUUCGCAAAUGGUGCCCCGCGUACUUGGAGCGCAACAGCAUUGGUGGUACCAUACAAACAUGUUGUGACGUAGAUCAGCUACAGGCAUUGGAUAGAAACAUCCGACUUGCUCAUCAGUUUCUCAAACACUGCCCAUCAUGUAUGGACAACUUUGCUGAGCAUUUCUGUGUCAUGACCUGUGCAGCAGAUCAGUCUAAAUUUAUGAAUAUAACAGGGCUGCAAAAGAAUGUAAUUGGUAACAAGACAGUGGAGUCAGUUUCUUCUGUGGAUGUGCUUGUUACAAAUAAGUCACUUCAAGGCAUCUUUGACUCUUGCGCUGGUGUAUUUGUGCCAUCUUCUGGUCAACGUGCUCUGGAUCUUAUGUGUGGACCAUGGGGAUCUUCUCUCUGCACUGCUUUGAGGUGGUUUGCUUUCAUUGGAUCAACAGGAGAGGCAAAUCCCUUUGCUCCGUUUGCCAUAUCAUAUCACGCAUCAGAUGUGCCUGUCAGCACAGCAAUUCCAAUGGACUUUCCUGUUGCACCUUGCUAUGUUGGGUCAAAUGGAAAGCCGCCUUGCAGUUGUGUUGAUUGCCAGCAAAGCUGUCCUGCGCCCUUGCCACCAUCUCCUCCAGAAGAACCAUUUGUCAUUGCGGGCAAAGAUGGCAUUACUGUAGUUAUGUUUCUGGUGUUCAUCAUAGGCAGCUGUGUAUUUGUGGGAUUGGUGACCUUGUGUCCUAAUCUGUGUGCUUAUACAGCAUCUCUGGUGACAAGAAAUGGUGGUGAUAGUGGUAGACUGUCAGUUGGUCAGUCUGUGGGAAGGCGAUUUGCAGGCAUGAAUCAAAUGCAGCAACCUGUAUUUGGUGAUGAUGAAGAAAGCCCUUUGCAGUCCAAACGUUCCAGUGUAGCUAGUGACAUUGAUGGCAUUGAUGGCUCUGAUAAGCCUCAGUCACAAGCUUCUUGUUAUGAGAAGCUUGGAGCAGUAAUAGAUGAAAAAUUAGAGGCCUUCUUCACAAAAUGGGGGACAGUGUGCGCAGGACGGCCCUGGCUAACCAUGGGCCUUACAUUUGUUGUGGUUGUCAUCUUGUGUUACGGUGUCACAUUCCUGAAAAUCACAACUGAUCCUGUUGAUCUUUGGGCUUCGCCUGAGAGUCGCUCUAGACUGGAACGAGAAUAUUAUGAUGAGAAAUUUGAGCCCUUCUACCGAACUGAACACAUCAUAAUCAGAGCAAAGGGUUUGGACAAUGUUUAUCAUGACACAUCCAAGGGUAGAUUGACAUUUGGCCCAGUGUUCAACAAAGAUUUUUUGAUGGAUGUUUUAGAACUCCAAAAGCAAAUUGUACAACUUGGGCAGAAUGAAAGCAAAGGUCUUGAUAAGGUAUGCUUUGCCCCUCUUCACGCAUCCUACUCUGGCACCAAGAAGCUCAAGGACUGUUUUGUUGUUAGUCCUUGGGGAUACUAUCAAGAUGAUGUUGAUAGGUUUGAUGAAGAGUCGACUGACCCCAACAACUUCACUGUUAACUAUUUAGACCAUUUCAAAACAUGUUCACAAAAUUACUACAACCCAGAUUGUUUUGCUCAGUAUGGUGGACCAGUUGACCCCACAGUUGCUUUGGGUGGCUUUUUGAAAGACAGAGAGGCAAUCAAGGAUCCUUCUCAAUAUCAAAAUGCAACUGCAGUUAUCAUCACUAUCCUCCUAAACAAUUACCACAACAAAACUCUGCUGAUACCUGCUCUGGAGUGGGAGGCCAAGUUUGUGUCAUUUAUGAAGAAAUAUGUCAACACUUCAAUGCCAGAACAUUUUGAUAUCUCCUUCAAUGCAGAGCGCUCAAUUGAAGAUGAAUUGGAUAAAGAAUCAACUUCUGAUGUCCGCACUAUCAUUGCCAGUUACUUGAUAAUGUUUGGUUACAUAGCUGUAUCAUUAGGUCAGAUUUCCACUUGUGACCGCCUUCUCAUUGAUAGCAAAAUAACACUUGGACUUGGUGGUGUAUUGAUUGUUAUUGUGUCUGUGGUCUGUUCUGUUGGCCUGUUUGGUUACAUUGGUGUUCCUGCUACUCUAAUCAUUGUUGAGGUUAUACCUUUCCUUGUGUUGGCUGUUGGUGUUGACAACAUCUUCAUUCUGGUUCAAACCCAUCAAAGAACUCCACGUAACCCUGGAGAGACCUCUGCAGAGCAUAUUGGUCGUGUCCUUGGACAAGUUGGACCAUCCAUGCUUCUGACCAGUUUAUCCGAGACAUUCUGUUUCUUGCUUGGUGGAUUGUCUGACAUGCCUGCUGUGAAAGCUUUUGCUCUAUAUGCAGGAAUGGCUCUCUUCAUUGACUUUAUUUUCCAAAUAACAUGCUUUGUCGGUCUCCUAGCUCUUGACACAGCCAGACAGUCGGAAAACAGAUAUGAUAUUUGCUGUUUUGCAAGGGGAUCAAAGAGAGACAUUGCUCCAAAUAAUGGAGCACUUUACAAGCUCUUUGAGGUUGCUUAUGUGCCCAUGCUUCUCAACAAGUGGGUUCGUCCUUUUGUGAUGGUUGUCUUCUUUGGUUGGCUAUGCUCAAGUCUUGCAGUUAUACCUCAUAUAGAUGUGGGUUUGGAUCAAGAACAGUCAGUUCCUGAUGAUUCUCCUGUUCAAAAGUACUUCUUAUACCUCAAAAAUUACCUAUCUGUUGGGCCCCCAGUUUACUUUGUUGUCACAGAUGGCUUAGACUAUUCAGAUCCAAAAACUCAAAAUAUGAUUUGUUCUGGCCUAACAUGUGAUAAAGAUUCACUUCUUACACAGCUGUAUAGUGCUUCUCAAACUCCCAGCAGGACAUACAUCUCAAGACCUCCUUCAUCUUGGAUUGAUGAUUACAUGAGCUGGCUAGAUAUUCCAGGCUGCUGCAAGGAAUCGAAGGUCAAUGGAAGUUUCUGUCCCCACACUAGUAGAAGGUGUAAGACAUGUAAAGUUAAUUUGGACAACACCACUAGACGCCCCGACCCAAGCACAUUCAGCAAAUAUGUUUCUUUCUUCUUAAACGACAACCCUGAUGCUGAGUGUGCAGUUGCUGGUCAUGCUGCAUAUGGCUCGGCAGUGAAGCUAUUACCUGGAUCCAACAAUACCUUCAGUGUUGGGCCCAGUUCUUUCAUGGCUUACCAUUCCAUCCUGAAGACAUCAAAGGACUAUUAUUCAGCCAUUGAAUCUGCGAGAGAGGUAGCUGCUAAUAUUACCAACAUGAUAAAUGGGAAGCUGAAGGAAAGUGGUUCUACGAAAACUGUCAAUGUUUUCCCAUACAGUGUGUUUUAUGUCUUCUAUGAGCAGUAUCUGACCAUGUGGCCGGAUACACUUGGAAGUUUGGGUCUUUCUCUUGCUGCUAUUUUUGUGGUCACAUUCCUCCUUAUGGGACUAGAUAUUUGUUCGGCACUUGUUGUCAUCAUCACCAUUGUGAUGAUUGUAACCAACCUUUUGGGUUUGAUGUAUUGGUGGAAUAUUUCUCUCAAUGCAGUAUCACGAGUCAACUUAGUCAUGGCGGUGGGUAUUUCCGUUGAAUUCUGCAGUCAUCUUGUUCAUACAUUUGCUGUGUCUGUGGAAACUUCAAGAGUCAAAAGAUCAGCUGAUGCCUUAACCAAAAUGGGCAGUUCGAUAUUCUCUGGCAUCACUCUCACCAAAUUUGGAGGAAUUGUUGUUUUGGGCUUUGCCAAGUCACCCAUCUUCCAGGUGUAUUACUUCAGAAUGUACCUAGGUAUUGUACUCUAUGGAGCUGCCCAUGGGUUAAUCUUCCUUCCUGUGCUGCUGAGUUACAUAGGGGCUCCCAUGAACAGAGCAAAGCAGGAUGUUCACAAAAGACAGGUGUUACAGAUGCAACAGCAAGGACAGAGCACGGCAAGAAGUAACGAGGCAUCGCUCGACAGUGACUGAUAUUCAGACAGAGGGGAUCCAAUCGCCAAGUUGUGAUAGGCCCCUCCAGGAACCAGCCUCGCAAUUAUGGCAGUGUCAACCAUGACUCAACUUGACCAUAUUGCCGCACUGAUUUUGCACCAAAGUGGUCGUAAUUUGUAGAACUGGUAAGACAGGCUGUCUGAAUUCAAGUUUAAUCUAGGCAUAAAUUGCCCCUUUACAGUGACCCGACUGUCCUGUAAUAUCCCAUGCAUUUAUAACUUCAGUUUUUACUGACAUUUUGAAACCGUCCAUUAAAUAUUGCACUAGACUUUGAGUUUGAAAGUGCAGCUUGUGUUCCAUAGCAAGUGGGCAGGGCCUGCUUAAAGAUAUCUGAAUUUUAAUGGUGCAGUGGCACUGUAUCUGUUUAGACUUAUUGUUUUAUAAGAAAACAAAUUGUGGUCCAUAUAUAGUGGGAUAUCUUUCCCUGUAUAGGAUAAAUCUAUAUUUUUAAGUAAAGUAUGUAAAUAAUGACAUCGAAUUUCUCUAAUGAUUGUUUUUGAGUUAGGAAUUAUAUUAGUAGGAAUUUUAUUUGUAUUUGCUGUGUAUGUGAUGUCAUAUUUUAUGAAUAGCGUAAUUAGUUUUUGUAACUAAUUUUUCUCCAGCAGGGCAUUAUGUCCAUUUGGUUGCAUAUUUUAUUCAUCAACUGAUGUGUCUUCUAUUCUCUGUGAUGUCUAAUUUAAGAAUUUCCAAAGACCACUUGUAAUGGUCCCUCUUACAAUAGUACUGUAGUUAAAAGCAUAGUUUGAUGUUUUAAUUUCGUGAUAGAGCAAUUUUCUCUUUGCGUAUACAUUUAUUUUAUGUGCACUGUGUGUAUUUUCAUGUCAAAUAUCAUUGUGGUCAUUGUGGUUCCCAUGUGAUAAAAGUUAAUCCAACCUUUCCUGGUCGUUCAUCUUAAGAUAUUCUAUCAUUUCUACUUAAGGUUUUUGCGCAUGGUUACUGUAUUUGUAUGACUUUAAUCCAUUGCAACAUUUUGACUGUUUUGUGUAGUCAGUGAUAUGUUGAUUUUCAUUCAGCAUUCAGUAAUGGUUCUACACAAUAGCUGAAAUGCUGGCCCUUACAAAUCACUGAGACAUGUGUUAAAAGCUUAAUUUGGACAAUGUGAUGAAUUAUUAUGAAUUGGCUGAACCGUUCUAAUCCAUAACAUCCCUUGACAAUAUUACUAAAACCUCUUAUUGGUAAAAUAUGUAUUUAGUGUCAAGAGUUGUCAAUAGAACUUAAAACUUACCUAUUUGUAAACUUUGAACAGGGAUUGUCAAAUGUGUUCAAUGGUAAUUUUUUUUUAAAAAAACAAUUUUUGCUUGGUUGAAUGUUUUGGCAUACAUCUCAGUCUAGCAUUGAGUUAUGCACAGCUGGGCAACUAUAUCAAAAAAAACCUUUUAGGUUAGUCAUGAGAGGGAUUGUAACCUCAGUAAAAAUUGUAUUAAAGCAUUACAGUUAUGUCCUUGGUACUUAAUCGCUGAAUUACAUGUUAUGUUUAAUGUGCCAUUAGUGUGACUAUCACAUUUCAUGACACCUUAAUAUCAUUCAUAUUUUGUGGCUUCUGUGUUCAUAAGUGUACUUAUAGGCUUGCUUUUCGUAAAUCUCAUUUGAGUUGAUAAAUUUUACUUCAGUUUUGUGCUUAUGUACUUAGAUGUUGCAGGCAUUCCUAAUUUCAUGUGGGGAGUGUAGCCUCAGGUAUAUCCAUAUUUUCCUAAAGGCACUUUUAUGUUCUGCUAUGUACUGUUCUUCUGUGGCUUCACCAAGAAUGUGUCCUAUUGCUGGCUUUUAAGUGUGAAACUAGUAUCUAGUGAGCUGUGUUGUGUGAAUGUCGCCCCUCUCCCCUUGCGUCUGUGAAUAAGCCCGUCUGUUGUUGAAGCCCCAAACUAAGAGGUGUGUGGAAACUUUUCUGCUUGUAGAAUGGUAUCCUGAUGCUCCUCUCUUGCUCAGGUGGUUUCUCAUCGGAUCAGCUAAAGAACUGUGUGCUGAUAGCUUACGAUAAUAAAUAAAUUAUGAACAAAAUCCCA